AUGUUUGCUAACCAGUGCCGCAGGGUGCUGUUCAGACAGCUAUGGAUGGGUCCAGCCAGGACAGGUGCGUUGCGAUUUAUGGUUAGACCAUCGAUAAUGUCAAAUGUUACUAAUGAUAUGAAGGGUCCUUUUGCCUUGACUAACAAGAGGUUCGCAUCGUUUUUCCCCAGUAUGAUAGGCAAGAUGGUUCGUAUUCCGGCUUACGUUGGGGGUGGUGCCGCUGCGUUUGGUUCAUACGUUGCUUAUAAAGUGAACGAAGCCGGACAAUUUACACAGGAUCAACUAUCCAAAUUCAAAGAUUUCACGGGAGAUGUCAAGGAUAAAUUGGGUGAUUGGUUUCAGAGAGAUGGACAGUCGGACGAUGGAGGAAACAGUGGUGACAAUAACGGGUCGGAUGCCGUUGCAGCAGCUACUCUCCUGGCUUCAUUAUCAGAUGAUGAAAAUGAUGAUGAAGGGAAGACAUUGAAGAAUCAGCACGAUGAAGAGGAAUCGGCAGAUGGAAAACGUCGUAAAAAGAAUGGAAACGAUGAAGAUGAGGAAGAUGAUGACUUGGAAGAGGCUGAGGACAACACGCAGGAUGAAAUGUUAAAUUUAACAAAGCAAAUGAUCGAAAUCAGAUCAAUCUUGAAUAAAGUGGAUUCUACUUCAGCCAAUCUAGCUUUACCAUCUAUUGUUGUCAUAGGGUCUCAGUCAAGUGGUAAAUCAUCUGUCUUGGAAUCCAUUGUCGGCAAAGACUUUUUACCAAAGGGUACUAAUAUGGUUACUAGAAGACCAAUUGAAUUGACCCUAGUGAACACUCCAACAUCUCAAGAAGUUACUGCAGAUUUCCCCACUAUGAGAAUAUAUAAUUUGAAGGAUUUCAAAGAAGUUAAAAGAAUUUUAACGGAAAUGAACAUGGCUGUGCCUAGCACUGAAGCUGUCUCAGAUGACCCUAUCCAGCUCACAAUCAAAUCUUCGAGAGUUCCAGAUUUGUCCUUAGUUGAUUUACCUGGUUACAUUCAAGUGGAAGCUGUUGAUCAGCCCAUAGAACUUAAAUCUAAGAUUCGUCAGCUAUGUGACAAAUAUCUCGAAGAACCAAACAUCAUUUUGGCUAUCUCAGCCGCAGACGUUGAUCUUGCAAAUAGUGCUGCUCUUCGUGCAUCUAAAGUAGCUGAUCCUCAAGGUCUAAGAACCAUAGGUGUUGUCACUAAAUUGGAUCUUGUGGAUGCUAAGACUGCUCGAGCUAUCCUUAAUAACAGAAAGUACCCUCUAAAAAUGGGAUAUGUCGGUGUCAUCACAAAGAGUCCAAGUACGACUCCAGUGCAGAGAUUAUUCGACAACAGAUCUUCUGGAAGUCAUUUGUUUUCAAAAAAGAAAACAGACCCAACAGAGACUACAGCUAUAACUCAAACAAAGCAGUUUGAGAACGAAUUUUUCAAAGAACACAAGAAGGAUUUCACUGCGUGCCAAGUGAGUACGAAAAAAUUAAGAGAGAAAUUGAUCAAAAUCUUAGAGGUUUCUAUGAGCAAUGCUCUUGAACCUACUUCCCGUUUGAUUCAACAGGAAUUAGAUGACGCGGCAUAUCUUUUCAAGGUGGAGUUCAACGAUCGUCAACUAACUCCAAAGUCAUAUUUAUUGAACAACAUCGACGUUCUUAAAGUUGCAAUCAAAGAAUUCCAAGAAAAGUUUGGUAGAAACGAUCUGAAAUCAAUUCUCAAAGCCGAUUUGGAUCAAAAAGUUUUGGACUUACUUGCUGCCAGAUAUUGGAAAGAUUUGAACUUACCAGAGCUUUCAACAUCUCAAGACCUUGAAGAUGAAUCCUCUGCAUUGUAUUGGCAUAGAAAGUUAGAACUUGCACAAUCUAGUUUGACCAAAAUUGGUGUAGGUAGAUUGUCCACUAGUCUUGUUACGAAUGCCAUUAUUCAAGAAUUAAACAACAUUUUGAAUCAGUCACAGUUGAGAAACCAUGAUUUGAUAAAGGAGCUUGUUACAAACACUGCUGUCAACGUUUUAAAUUCCAAAUAUUACUCCACGGCGGACCAAGUUGAAAACUGUAUCAAACCAUUCAAAUACGAGAUUGAUUUGGAAGAUAGAGAUUGGUCCUUGGCUCAAGAACACUCGGUUCUACUUAUUAAAGAAGAAUUACGCCAAUGUAACGAUAGAUUCAAUAUGAUUAAAAACGCUGUUGGAAACAGAAAGCUAAAUCAAGUUAUUCAAUUCUUGAAACAGGAUCCAAAUAGAAAGGAGACUCUUGGAUUCUCUGCCCUACUGCUUGAAAGGGGCCAUGAAGCGAUGUUCCUACAAGAUAGAUCUUCAUUAUUAAAUUUCAGACUCAAGUUCUUGAAGAACAAAUGUUUCUCCGUGACUCAGAAAGAUAAAUGCCCAGAGGUAUUUUUGAACGCAGUAAGCGAUAAACUAACAUCAACCGCAGUAUUAUUUCUAAAUGUUGAGUUGUUAAGUGACUUCUUUUACAAUUUCCCAAUUGAAUUGGAUAAGAAACUAAGUUUAUUAUCUGAUGAACAAGUCGAGAUGUUCGCUAAAGAGGACGUCAGAAUUGCUAGACAUAUUGAAUUACAAAAACGUAAAGAAUUAUUGGAACUCGCUUUGGAGAAAAUAGAUUCUAUUCUUAUGUUCAGAAAAUCCUAUAAGGGACUGUCGAAAAGAAACCUAUAA